ACCGGUUCCCCUGGCUGUAACGAUAAUACGGCUCUGGGAUCGUUGCCUGGUAAGCCAAUGCCUUUGCUUCAUCAGCCAGUCUCUCCACAGGUGUGUUGCUGUCGCAGACUGCUGGGAAAGCAGUCCCCAGUGUGGAAAGAGAGGGCUCGACACCAGCUUGGACUUCCAGGGACCUUUCUUUCCAGGCAGAAAUUUAACAUUAGAAACGCCUCCAGAAGAUCCACCAUUGCAGUGAGGAGUGGGAGCAAAUCUAGGAAGGACCGGGAUGGGAAUCCUAUAUUCUGAGCCCAUCUGUCAGGCAGCCUACCAGAACGACUUGGGGCAAGUGUGGCGAUGGGCCAAAGAAGACAACCAUAACGUGAACAUUCAAGACAGCUUCAAUGGAGACACUCCCCUCAUCUGCGCCUGCCGGCGAGGGCACCUGCGAAUCAUCUCCUUUCUUUUAAAGAGAAAUGCUGAUGUCAACCUCAAAAACUUGAAGGAGAGAACCUGCUUGCACUACGCUGUGAAGAAGAGGUUCACCUUCUUUGAUUAUCUACUCAUUAUCCUUCUAAUGCCUGUCUUGCUUAUCGGAUAUUUCCUCAUGGUAUCAAAGACAAAGCAGAAUGAGAGUCUCGUACGGAUGCUUCUUGAUGCUGGUGUCGAAGUUAACGCCACUGACUGCUAUGGCUACACUGCUCUGCAUUAUGCAUGCCAGAUGAAAAACCAGACUCUCAUCCCUCUGCUUCUGGAAGCCCGUGCAGACCCCAUGAUAAGGAAUAAGCAUGGUGAGAGUUCACUGGAUAUCGCACAGAGACUGAAAUUUUCCCAGAUUGUAUUAAUGCUAAAGAAAGCCUCAUAGUCCUGUGACUUCUCAUGUGACGACACAGACACAGGUGAAGGACC